AUGGUGGUCUACUCCUUCUACAUCUUCGACCGGCACACUGAAUGCAUCUAUGCCCGGUCAUGGCUGCCCCAGUCCCUCAGCCAGCACCACUCCUCCGCCCCCUUACAGCCAUCCACCGCCUCGGACGACGCCAAGCUCAUCUUCGGCACCGUCUUCUCCCUGCGCAACAUGGUGCGCAAGCUCGGCGGGGAGGACGACGCCUUCAUCAGUUAUCGCACCGGCAACUACAAGAUGCACUUUUACGAGACCCCGGCGAAUCUGCGCUUCGUCAUGUUGACCGACACGGGCACGAUGAGCAUGCGGAACGUCCUGCACCAGAUCUACAUCAAUCUCUGGGUUGAGUAUGUCGUGAAAAACCCAUUGGCACCCGUGGAGCACAAGAAUGGCGCGGGUGUCAAGAAUGAGUUAUUCGAGCUUGGACUAGACCAGUUCAUCAGAGGACUCAUGUGA